AUGUUAUCGAAGGUAUCAGCUGAUGGAGUCACUAUCCAACUCGAUCAUUACGAUUUCUGGCAAGUUCAUGAAAUACAAUUCCAGCAAUCCGUGCUAUGGGCCCUAAUUGUGGGUAUCGUGAUAGCGUUCCUGCUCGGAGCGGCUAUGGGUGGCAACGAUGUGGCGAACGCUUUUGGCACUUCGGUAGGCAGCGGUGUGCUGACAGUUAUCAAGGCGUACAUACUCGCAUCCAUUUUCGAGACUUUAGGGGCUGUCCUAGUGGGAUGGUCAGUUACGGAUACAAUGAGAAAAGGAGUUGUGGACACGGCUCAGUAUCUUGACAAUCCGAAGGAACUCAUGUUGGGUCAAGUUGCCAUUUUAGGAGGCUGUGCAUCAUGGCUGCUUAUGGCAACACUGCUCAGAAUGCCAGUCUCAACAACUCAUGCGAUUGUUGGUGCAACUCUUGGAUUCUCAAUUGUUUUACGAGGAUUCCAGGGAAUUCGAUGGAUGAAAAUAGUAGACAUUAUUAUGUCAUGGUUUUUGUCACCAGCGCUGUCUGGAACAAUAUCAGUCAUUCUUUACAUGAUUGUCGAUUUUGCAGUAUUGAGAAGGGUAAUAGCGCUUCUAUCUUUUCCAGAUUCUCGCGGGAGAGAUAACGGCAUAUUUUAG